AUGUCUUCAGAGCAAUCGCUGCAUCCACCGAGGCUGGCGUCCAUCUUCGCCGGGACGCCCAGUGUGCCGGGUACCCCGGUGCACUCAAUCCAGACGAUGAGGAGAAAGGCCGCUGGCCAUAGUGGACCAUUGACAAAGAUCCUCGUCGCUAACCGUGGUGAAAUCGCCAUCCGUGUCUUCAGAACCGCCCAUGAAUUGGCCAUGCACACCGUCGCUAUAUACUCAUUCGAGGAUCGGUUAUCAGCCCAUCGUCAGAAGUCGGAUGAAGCGUAUCAAGUUGGGAAGGGCAUGACUCCGGUAGGAGCAUACCUCGCUCAAGAGGACAUCAUUAGAAUUGCCUUGGAACAUGGUGUAGACAUGAUCCAUCCAGGCUACGGUUUCCUUUCAGAGAACGCAGAAUUCGCUCGUAAAGUCGAGCAAGCUGGUAUUGCAUUCGUAGGACCGUCACCUGAGGUCAUUGAUGGGCUUGGAGACAAGACCAAAGCAAGGACACUUGCCAUGAAGGUCGGCGUUCCAGUUGUCCCUGGUACACCAGGCCCAGUGGAUAGCUACACAGAUGGUGAAUCAUUCAUCAAGGAAUACGGUUUCCCAGUCAUCAUCAAAGCCGCCAUGGGUGGUGGAGGUCGUGGAAUGCGUGUCGUUCGCGCCCAGUCUGACUUCAAGGAUUCCUUCGAACGCGCCGUCUCGGAAGCCAAGUCUGCUUUCGGUGAUGGAACUGUCUUCAUUGAACGCUUCCUCGAGCGCCCCCGUCACAUUGAAGUUCAACUCCUUGCCGAUGCUCAGGGUAACACCAUCCACCUUUUUGAGCGUGAUUGCUCUGUACAGAGACGUCACCAGAAAGUUGUCGAAGUUGCUCCUGCCACACACUUGCCUGAGGAGGUUCGUCAGGCCAUUUUGGCCGACGCAAUCAAGCUCGCAAAGAGCGUUGGCUACAGGAACGCCGGCACUGCUGAGUUCUUGGUCGACCAGAUGGGCAGACACUACUUCAUCGAAAUCAACCCCCGUAUUCAAGUUGAACAUACAAUCACUGAGGAAAUCACUGGCAUUGAUAUCGUAGCCGCUCAGAUCCAGAUUGCCGCUGGUGCGACUCUCCCUCAACUUGGGCUCACACAGGAUGCGAUCACGAAGCGCGGCUUCGCCAUCCAGUGUCGUAUCACCACCGAAGACGCCUCGCAAGGCUUCCAGCCUGAUACCGGCAAAAUCGAGGUCUACCGUAGCGCUGGCGGUAACGGUGUGCGUCUUGAUGCAAGCUCUGGCUUCGCGGGCGCUCAGAUUACUCCCCAUUACGACAGCUUGCUUGUCAAGUGUACCGUAAGUGGAACUACAUAUGAAGUCGCCAGGAGAAAGAUGCUUCGCGCGCUCGUUGAAUUCCGUAUUCGUGGUGUCAAGACCAACAUCCCAUUCUUGUUCCGCUUGUUGACUCACGAUAUCUUCAUUGGUGGCAAAACUUGGACGACAUUCAUUGACGAUACUCCCGAUCUUUUCAAACUCGUUCAAAGUCAAAAUCGCGCCCAGAAACUGCUUGCGUACCUGGGCGAUCUGGCCGUGAAUGGCAGCUCCAUCAAAGGCCAAGUUGGAGAACCAGGUCUCAAGCAAGACAUUGUCAUCCCCAAGCUUUCGAGCCGAGAAGACCCCGCCACACCCAUCGACACCUUGUUACCUUGUGAAGUCGGUUGGCGUAACAUCAUUGUCGAGCAUGGACCAGAGGCCUUCGCGAAGGCUGUUCGCGAAUACCCUGGUACCCUCAUCAUGGACACGACCUGGCGUGAUGCUCAUCAGUCUCUGCUCGCUACACGUAUGCGUACUUUGGACAUGGUCAACAUCGCGAAAGAAACUAGUUACGCUCUCGCCAAUGCCUACAGCAUAGAAUGCUGGGGAGGCGCAACCUUCGAUGUGGCUAUGCGCUUCUUGUAUGAGGACCCAUGGGAACGUCUCCGCACCCUCCGCAAACUUGUUCCAAACAUUCCGUUCCAAGCUCUCGUCCGCGGUGCCAAUGGUGUUGGCUAUACCAGUUACCCCGAUAACGCCAUCUAUGAGUUCUCCAAGAAGGCCGUAGAGAAUGGACUCGAUAUCUUCCGUGUCUUCGAUUCCCUCAACUACUUCGUCAUGAAGAUGAGACUUGGCAUCGAUGCCGCAAAGAAGGCAGGAGGUGUUGUCGAGGCCGUUGUUUGCUACUCCGGUGAUGUGGCCAGCCCCAAGGAAACUAAAUAUACCCUCAAGUACUACCUUGACUUCGUCGAACAAUGUGUUCAGGAAGGCAUCCACGUCCUCGGUGUGAAGGACAUGGCUGGCCUUCUCAAGCCCGAGGCAGCGAAACUACUCAUCGGCGCCAUCCGAGAGAAAUACCCUGAACUUCCUAUCCAUGUCCACUCUCACGACACGGCGGGCAUUGCUACUGCGAGCAUGAUUGCUUGCGCUCUUGCGGGGGCUGAUGUUGUCGAUGUUGCUAUUGAUAGCAUGUCCGGCCUGACUUCUCAACCAUCCAUGGGAGCCGUCUGCAUGGCCUUGGAACAGACAUCGUUGGGAACAGGCAUCCGCUACGAAGAUAUCCAGGCACUGAACAGCUACUGGAGCCAAGUCCGGAUGCUAUACAGUUGCUUCGAAGCCAAUGUCCGAGCAUCAGACUCUAGUGUCUUCGAACACGAAAUGCCGGGAGGUCAAUACACUAACCUCAUGUUCCAAGCCGCCCAACUCGGUCUCGGCACUCAAUGGGAAGUCGUCAAGAAGAAAUACGUCGAGGCCAAUCAGCUUUGCGGCAACAUUGUCAAGGUCACGCCGUCGUCUAAAGUUGUUGGCGACUUUGCCCAAUGGAUGACUUCGAAUUCACUGACGGCUGAACAAGUUCUCGAGCGUGCUGAAAGCCUGGACUUCCCCUCCUCUGUUGUUGAGUUCUUCCAAGGGUACCUUGGCCAACCUGUGGGAGGCUUCCCAGAGCCUCUGCGCUCGCGCAUCAUCCGAAACAAACCUAGAAUAGACGGCCGUCCGGGGGCAACCAUGGCCCCCCUUGACUUCAAGAAGAUCAAGGCAGAACUACGGAGCAAAUUCGGCAAGCACAUUACUGACACAGAUGUGUCCUCGUAUGUGAUGUACCCCAAGGUCUUCGAAGAGUACCAGGCCUUCAUUGAGAAGUACGGAGAUCUCAGCGUCGUUCCCACUCGCUAUUUCUUGGGUCGCCCCGAUGUUGGCGAGGAGAUGCACAUUUCGAUUGAAUCUGGAAAGACAUUGAUCAUCCGUCUCAUGGCUGUGGGUCCUGUCGUUGAAGGGCGUGCGCAACGUGAUGUUUGGUUCGAAGUCAACGGAGAGGUCCGUGCGGUUUCCGUGGAGGACAAAAACUCAGCGGUCGAGACUGUUUCGCGCGAGAAGGCCACCAAUGAUCCCGGCUCAGUGGGCGCCCCUAUGUCUGGUGUUGUCGUCGAGGUGAGAGUUAAGGAAGGGCAGGAGAUCAAGAAGGGCGAUCCUCUAUGUGUGCUGAGCGCCAUGAAGGCAAGUCCAGAGAUCGAUUUCGCCUGUGCUCCUGAUUGA